AUGUAUUCCCAAUGUUUGAUAUUUCUUAUUAUAAUUAUUAUUUUGAAUAAUGGUAAUCGAGCAGAUAAACCAAGUGUAUUACAUAUUGGUGCUUUGUUUGAUUCUGAACAUGCAUCAAUACACAAUGGUCAACAAGAAUUACAAGCAGCACAGAUGGCUAUUAUUGAUAUAAAUCGACAAUAUAAAGAUUUAUUCAAAGGACUUUAUAUACUUGAAUUAAUCGCAAAUAAUUCUCGGUGUGAUCCAAUUUAUGCUGUUGAUGCUUUCUUUCAUGCAAUAUUUCGUCGUCCACAAUUACUUUUUCUUGUUGGAACAUCAUGUUCAAAUGAAACGAAAGCUGUUAUUCAAGUUGCUGAUCAUUAUAAUCUAAUUUUAUUUUCACAUUCAACUUCAUUUAUAUCUCAAGCCAAUCAAUCAUAUUCAACAUUAGUACGAUUGUCUGUCUCAGAUGAGAAUUAUAAUGAUGCUCGUGUAGCGUUUAUUGAAUAUAAUCAAUGGUCUCAUGUAGCUAUUAUUCAUCAAGAUUCAAUUGAACAUUCACUUAUGAUGGCAAAAUUAGCUAAACGAUUAAAUGAAUCGAAUGUUAAUGUUGUACUUACACAAAGUGCAUCAUGGGUUAACCUUACAUCCGCAUUACAAACUCUUCGAGAAAAAAAAGCUCGAAUUGUUUUUGUUACUUUUGAUACAUCAUUACGUUCAAUAUUUUUUUGUGAAGUCUAUCGAACAUUUAGUAAACAAUUACGUGAACGUUAUGUAUGGAUAUUAACUGACAAUGAUUCUCAUCUAUGGAAUUUAUCAAAUAAUAAUUGUACAAAAAAAGAAAUAUUUGAUGCAGCACGCGGUCAUAUUAUUAUUGAUAGUUCGUAUGAAAGAAAACCAAAUUUAAUUAAUCUAAAUAUAACAGCACGUCGAUUACAACAACAACUUGAUCUACAAGAUCAUCUUGGUAGACAGACACUACAUGCUUAUGAUGCUAUUUGGGUCAUUGCGUUAUUAAUUAAUGCAUCUAUAGAAGAAAAAAUACCCGUUGAUCGAUUUACAUAUAGUAACUCAACGAUGAGAGAUCAGUGGUUAAAUUUAACAGAACAAAUUUAUUUUCUUGGUGUAUCUGGACCUGUUUCUUUCCGAAAUCGUCAACGUCGUGCAGAAACUAUUAUACGACAAUUUCAAAUUGAUGGCAAUCAACAUAUACUUCGAACUAUUGCGGAAUAUUCACAUCUAUCAGGAUUUAAUGUAAAUUGUUCAAAUUGUCAAUUAUUGAUUUGGCCAGGUACAAUCCCAGUUGAUACUGAACGAAGUGAAAUUCAACGAGUUGUUUUAACUGUUUCGGAAAUUAUUUCAAUAACUAUUGCUUGUAUUUUAAGUCUUGUACUUGCCAUUUUCUUUUUAACAUUCAACAUUAUUUAUCGACAUGAACGUUAUAUUAAAUUAUCAAGUCCUAAAUUAAACAAUGUAAUCGUUAUUGGUGCAAUACAUAUUCAAAUAGCGAUAUUCCUUUUUACUCUUGAUAAAUGGUUUAUUGAACAUCGUAUUCUUGGACAUAUAUGCAUGUUACGAAUUUUACUUUUUUCUGGUGGAUUUUCAUUAACAUUUGGUUCAAUGUUUUUAAAAACUCUACGAGUAUAUCGUAUUUUUACAUCUAAUGAUCGUCCAUUACUUCAUUCAAAACUUUUACAAGAUCAUCAUCUCUUACUUAUAUGUUUAUAUAUUUACAGUAUUGAUGUUAUUAUUAUUUUUGCAUGGCAAUUUCUUGAUCCACAUGAAAUAAUAUAUACUGAUGGACAGAUCAGACGCCUUGAUAUGGAUACAAUUGUUACAGAUAGAAUCUAUCAUUGUAAUUCACAAUAUCGACAAAAAAUUUUACCAUUAAUUUAUCUUUAUAAAUCAUUAUUUCUUAUUGUGGGUGGUUAUUUAGCUGCUAAAACUCGUCAUGUACAUAUAUCAGCAUUAAAUGAUUCAAAAUUUAUUGUUUGGAGUAUAUAUACUGUUGUACUAACAAGUGUAUUUACUGUUACUAUUAUGAUAUCAAUACAAAAUUUACGUACAUAUGUUGUUUUAUGUUUUGUUGUUAUUAUCAUGAAAAGUUUUAUUAUAUGUCUUGUCUUUGUACCUAAAGUUCUGACAUUAAAAACUCGACAUCGAGAAGAAGUUGUUUCAAAAGAUUUAUGUAUGGGUAAUUCACGUACACGACGUUUAGCUGUUGAAAUAAGUUGUUUUGAAGCAUAUCGUUAUGCACAAUUACAAAAUCGAGAACUUAAAACAGAAGUUGUUCGAUUGAAUCAUGCUAUAAAUACUUUGCAGCAAAAUCUUGAUUCUGCACAUUCAAAUGUGGCUAUGGCACUACUUCCAUUUGCAGUUCGUUUAGCAUCAACAUUUUUGCAGAAACCUGAUAUUCAUACAUCUCAUUCUCCUGUGAAUAGCAAAGCUAGUGUAGAAACAGUUACACCAACGAAGGAGCAAUCUCCUAUUGUUAUUAGUAUUGAUCAAAAAAAUGAAGAUGAUGCAAAUAGCAUUACUGAUACAAGUACUUCAAACAAUUUUCUAGAUGAAAUUGAACAAGCACUAUCAUCAACUGAUUCUGAACUUGAUCUUUCUACAGCUUUAUUAUCAACAAAGGAUAUAAGUUCAUUAUCACUGACUGUUCUCGAUAAUCAAUAUGAAUCAGUCACAACAGAUGAUGAUAAUGAAAAUGAAAAUGAAAGUAUUUCAUUGACACCAGCAUGUACAACAAGUGAUAAUGAAUCGGUGCUGUAUUUACGUUUAUCUAAUGAAUUGAAUAUGAAUGAAGCAACACUUGAUAGUGAUUUAGAUAGAAUUGGUCGAUGA